AUGUCCGUCGACCAACGCCCUCUUACCACCCACCACGAGCGCCGCAACUCGCUGGAGAAGCACCUCCAGACCCGUCCAGACGUGCAGGACCUCAAAAACCGCCAUAUCCUGCUGGACACGAACGUCGCUCCGGCCCUCCAAGCGGCCCACCAGGAACUCGCCCGCCAACGAGCUACCGACGAUCUCAAGAACAAGCUGGGGAAGCGACCCGACCGCGACCAGCUCGUCGAGCGGAACAUCCUCCCCGCAACCAACGCUGCCCCAGCGCUACAAGCACAGGCCCGCGACCUCGAACGCAACAUGCUGGCCGAUAACCUCGAACACAAGAUUCAAAACCGCCCCGAGCCCGAGGAGCUUAUUUCGCAGGGCAUCUUGUCCGAGGAUGAGGACCCCCGCUCCGCAUGA